AUGUCACAGAAUCGGCCUGGGCUAUUCCCAACUUUACGCAUGGGUGAGGUUAUCCGCGAAAAGGUCCAAGAUGGCCUGACUGGCGAGCACAAGGAGAUCUCCUACACCCAGUGUAAGAUCGUCGGGAAUGGAUCGUUUGGAGUCGUCUUUCAGACCAAGAUGGCCCCCAGCGGCGAGGACGCUGCCAUCAAGAGGGUCUUGCAGGACAAGCGGUUCAAGAACCGUGAGCUUCAGAUCAUGCGGAUUGUGCGCCAUCCCAACAUCGUGGAGCUUAAGGCCUUCUACUACUCCAAUGGCGAUAGGAAAGAUGAAGUCUACCUCAAUCUGGUCCUCGAAUACGUCCCCGAGACCGUGUAUCGCGCGUCGCGAUACUUCAGCAAGUUGAAGACGACCAUGCCGAUGCUGGAGGUCAAGCUGUACAUCUACCAGUUGUUCCGGUCGCUGGCCUACAUUCACUCACAGGGCAUCUGUCAUCGCGACAUCAAGCCUCAAAACUUGCUGCUCGAUCCCGCGACCGGCAUCCUCAAGCUGUGUGAUUUCGGAUCCGCCAAGAUCUUGAUCGAGAACGAGCCCAAUGUCUCCUACAUCUGUUCCCGCUACUACCGCGCGCCCGAACUGAUCUUUGGCGCCACUAACUACACCACAAAGAUCGACGUGUGGUCAACCGGUUGCGUGAUGGCCGAACUCAUGUUGGGCCAACCCCUCUUUCCCGGUGAGUCGGGUAUCGACCAACUGGUGGAGAUCAUCAAGGUGCUCGGCACCCCGACUCGGGAACAAAUUCGCACCAUGAACCCCAAUUACAUGGAGCACAAGUUCCCUCAAAUCAAGCCUCACCCAUUCAACAAGGUCUUCCGGAAAGCACCCCCCGAGGCUAUCGACCUGAUCUCCGCCCUCCUGGAAUACACCCCUACGCAACGAUUGUCCGCCAUUGAAGCCAUGUGCCACCCCUUCUUUGACGAGCUCCGUGAUCCUGCGACCCGCUUGCCCGACUCCCGACACCCCAGCAACCCGUCCAAAGAAUUGCCCGCUCUUUUCAACUUCACCCGACAUGAACUUUCCAUCGCACCCGAAUUGAAUGCCCAGAUUGUUCCUCCCCACGCCCGUCCCGCUCUGGAAGCGCAAGGUCUUGAUAUCAACAAUCUCAAGCCGCUCUCCAAAGAGGAGAUGAUGGCUCAUCUCGACUGA